AAAAUUGCAAUAGAAAAGAAAAAGAGAGGUUUGCAAUGAUUUUUCAAUCUUUUAUACGGGAUAAUCUAGUAUCCUUAUGCAUGAAGAUAAUGAAUUCGGUCGUUGUGAUCGGACUCUAUUAUGGACUUCUGACCACAUUCUCCAUAGGGCCCUCGUAUCUCUUCCUUAUUCGAGCUCGGGUUAUCGAAGAAGGGACCGGGAAGAAAGUAUCAGCAACAAUUGGGUUUAUUACGGGACAGCUCAUCAUGUUCAUAUCGAUCUAUUAUACGCCUUUGCAUCUAGCAUUGAGUAGACCUCAUAUAAUAACUUUUAUAACUCUACCGUAUCUUUUAUUUCAUUUAUUUGGAAAGAAUCACAAAAACUUUUUGAAUUAUGGAUACAAGAAUUCAAACUCAAUACGUAAUUUUCGCAUUCAAAGAAUUUUCUUGAAUAAUUUUUUUUUUCAGUUAUUAAACCCCCUUUUUUUACCAAGUUCAAUAUUAAUAAGAUUAAUAAAUCUUUACAUGUUUCGAAGUAACUUACAUGUUUCGAAGUAACAAUAAUAUAAAAAUUAAUACAAAAAAUAAAAAAACAAAAAUAUAUGAAGAAAUUCGUCCACUCCCAAAAUAUUUAAUAGCCUCUCCUAAAAAAAAACUUGAAAUACCAAUGCUAUUUGGAA